CCCGCAACUUGUCCUGUUAUUACAGCCAUCAAGACGAGAGAUUUGUCUCCCCCAUCUAUUUCCGCCUGAAAAGGUCGAAAUUUCUUACCCUAAUUCACCUGGCAACACCCACCCCCACAAGGUCGGUACAAAAAUCUCAUCUUCUGUUUUUCCAAAUCUCACGAAGUCCACCAAAUCUCUGCAAAAUGGGCACUUCAAUUCGAUCCUGAUCAGUCCACUCAUAGACCACGUCUUCAAACAAGAUCGAAAACCCCAAAGAAAAGCGAUCUGUGACUGAUCAAACUUCAACGAUGGUCGAACAACUCGAGACCCAAACCCUCACAGCUUCUUCAAUGGCAAGCUCUCACAAAGGCAAGUUUUUCGCACUCUAUUUGCUUCUUUUCUUUGCUUUUCCCCGUAGUUCUAGGGUUUUUGCACUCUCUGUUGUAACUGAACACGAACACAGUACUACUACUACUGAUCACGAACCUAAUUCUGAUGAAUCAAGUGUAUUGAUUCAACACCAAAUUCAGCUGGAGAAGCUCGAAGAGCUGGUGAAAAACCUUAAUGAAUUGGUGUCUAGGUUAGAAUCCCAAUUUUCGGGUUUGAAUUCGAUAAAGAUUGAAACUUCGGAUGAUAAGAAGCAGAGUGUUGAGGUACCCUUAUCACGAUUUGUUCAUCGGGAAAAUGUUGAAGUCGAUAGAAGAAAGUGUGGUGAGAAAAUUGGAGCAGAGGGUUUAGAGAGUAGGUUUCCUGCUGAUGUGGAGAGAGGGGCACCGGUGUCGGUCACCAAAUACAGUCCGUUCUGGUCGGAGAGGUUUCAGUUUGUGUCGGCUGUGAAAUUGGAUUCGAUUGCCACCUGCAUUAAUGUAUUGCCAUUUAGGGAUUACGAAGGAUUGAGCAAGUAUGUUGCAGUUGGGGAUGAUCGAGGGAGAGUUUAUGUGUUCUUGAGAAAUGGGGAUGUUUUGGUUGAGUUUUACACAUUGUCAGAUUCGCCAAUCACGACCAUAUUGUCUUACAUGUCUGUUUAUAAGAACGAAACUGUCUUGGUCACGGGGCACAUGAAUGGGUUGAUUUUGGUGCACAAGAUUUGGGAGGUGUCGAAUGGGGAGGAUUGGAGUUCGCUUUCGAUGGAAAAUGUCAGGAAAUUUGCCUUGCCGGAAACCGGGGAAGAAGGGUCAUCGAUAACUAUGUUGGAGGUGCAUCAUGUUGGGAGAACAAGAUACAUUUUGUCCAUGGAUGUUAGCAAAAAUAUCAGAGUUUUCAGGGAGAAUGGGACACUCUAUGGUUUAGCGGUACCAACGAGCAGACCACUUGUGUUCUUAAAGCAAAGGCUUUUGUUUCUCACGGAGACUGGUGCAGGGUCAUUAGAUUUAAGGACUAUGAAAGUUAGGGAGUCUGAAUGUGAAGGAUUGAACCAGUCUCGUGCUCUGAAUUACGUUUUUGAUGCCACGGAGAGGUCAAAAGCAUAUGGACUUACAUCAGAUGGUGAUUUGAUUCAUGUGUUGUUGUUGGGUGAUAUAAUGAACUUCAAGUGCAGGGUUAGAUCCAAGAGGAAGGUUGACCUAGUUGAGCCUCUUGCCUUCCAGGCAAUUAAAGGGUAUCUGCUUAUUGCUGAUCAAGAUAAAGUCUCAGUGUAUAAUGUUUCAUCUCAACAUUAUAUUAGGGUCGGUGGGCCACGGCUUCUUUUCUCUGCUGGUAUUGAUGAGAUCAGAUCAUCAUUUCUCAAUUAUCAAUCGGUCAAUGUAGAUGUCCAAAAGAGUAGAGUGAUACCUUUACUGGUCAGUGACCGUGAAAAGCUUGUUAUUCUCGGUCUUGGAGAUGGAUACGUGGGGAUGUAUCACUCCAACCUUCCUAUUUUCAAAGGUGAACUCGGUAGUAUACUGUGGACCAGUCCGGUUUUCUUCUUCAUUCUUUUCCUCUUCGGAGCGUGGCAAUUUUUUGCCAAGAAGAAGGAAGUGCUUACUUCAUGGGGCCCCGAUGAUCCUUUUAGCUCCUCCACAUCUAUGACAAAUGGAGCUCCAUUAGGACCUGGUUCCAGUGAUAGAUCUUUCGUAGAUUCUUCUUCAAGAAGUGCAGAUAUUGCGGAUUUAAGAAGUGGUCUAAGAGGUCCAUCAAGAAGGUAUGCCUCUCCAUCCAGGUAUCCCGGUGGAUCAGCCAGUUCCUUUAGGCCAAAUUCUGCUGAUACCAACAGUAGCAGACCUGCUUCUGUUGAUCCCAAUUUUAGAGCAGCCCCUGAGCUGAAAUUUCGGGGACCAAAUCUAGAAUCUGCAGGUUUUCCGAAAAGAAGAGAGAGUAUAUACGGAAACAAUCAAGCUGUGGACGGUAGCAAUUGACUUGUAAGAUCAAUUGCAUGUAACUGUUACUGCUUUUGAGUUGUCUUUUGAAAUUUUAUAAAGUGUUUGUUUGUAACUUGUCUCAUUUGAGCUAGCAACAGAUUUUACUUUGUAACAAGAAAUAAUUAGAAAAUCUAAGCAUUUCAGAUCCGGAUCUCUUGAUGCCUUGUGAUUUUGGAGCAAAUGAUGGCCUGUGGUAAA